AUGAGAAGCUCAGGCCCUGUCUCCAUAGGUGAGAAGGGAUUAUCCUCUUGGCCUGUGAAGGAGGAGUCUGUCACAUCUGAGGACUUCAAUCUUCCUAGCCAGUAUGGUGGUCGCGUUACUGCAAAUGAGCUGAAUUCCAUCAGUUUUCAAACUGUAUUGGAUGUAGAUCUUCUGGAUCUUGAUGACAAUUCUGUCAUUCUCCACCCUAGCAAAGUUAUGGGAUGGGAGACUGUGGGAAAGAAGAAGGGUAGAUGUACCCCUUUGCUGGACCCUGGUUCGAAAACCACUGGGUUUACUGCUAGCAUGAAAAAUAGAUAUGAAAUUUUAUCUGAUUCUGAUGUUGAUGAAAAUAAGGUCGCUAUUGAGAAUACCAUAAAAUUUGUACAUGAUGUAUGCCAGAAGCAUUUUGAAAAGCAAUUUCUCAAUAUUCCAAGUCAAGUCCAAAGGGAACAAGAGGCUGUGGCAGAGGCAGCUCAACUCGAAGCUCAGGCUGGAGCUAUGCAAGCUGAAAAUGUGUCAAACUUAGAGUCAGAUACUGAACAUGAGGCAGGAAAUGAAAUACCUGUGGAAAAGCCUUUUGUCAACAAAGGAAAGAUUCAUGAUUUUUGUGACACUGGAAUUCCAGGGAUUGACAAUGAGGAAUUGGAUCCUGAGAAUCAGUGCCGUGCUUGGGAGAACUUCAAUUUCUUGAAGGACGAGGAUCCUGAAGUGCAAAAGGUGAUCUAUGAAGAUGUCAUGAGAUCAUGGAAGGCACACAAGUGUUCCUCUGCCAAACCUGACAGCCAGAUUGGUGGUUCAUCCAAUGUGGAACCUGAAGUAUUCUGUAUCUCCACACCUGUAAUGAAGGGUGAGGUUUCAGGUGAUGGAGAGGCCAUGAACUUUACCCCACCAAUUACCAGCACCCCAAUCUCAAAGCCUGUAAAGAAGGUUAGGAUCGCGGAGGAUGUCAAGACCAAAGAGAUGUUCGAUGCAACUUUGGGCAACCAAAAGUCUUGGUGGUUUGCAGGGAUGGUCCCCAUUAUCAGGUUCUAA